AUGUCUGUUGUGUCACUCCUUGGCGUCAAGGUGCUAAAUAACCCCGCCGCUUUCUCGGAUCCCUACGAGUUCGAGAUCACUUUUGAGUGCUUGGAGCAGUUGCAGAAAGAUCUCGAGUGGAAACUCACUUAUGUUGGCUCCGCCACUUCUUCCGAGCAUGAUCAAGAACUCGACUCGUUACUAGUUGGACCCAUUCCCGUUGGUGUCAACAAAUUCAUUUUCGAAGCCGACCCACCAGACCUCAAGCGCAUUCCCCAGACUGAGAUCCUCGGUGUUACCGUUAUCCUCCUUACAUGCAGCUACGACGGCCGAGAGUUCGUGCGCGUUGGUUACUACGUGAACAACGAAUAUGAUUCAGAGGAACUCAACGCAGACCCACCAUCGAAGCCUAUCAUCGAGCGUGUGCGCCGUAAUGUUUUGGCCGAGAAGCCCCGUGUGACUCGAUUUGCUAUCAAGUGGGACUCUGAAGAAUCCGCUCCCGCUGAAUACCCUCCCGAACAACCGGAGGCCGACCAAUUGGAUGAUGAUGGUACCGCGUAUGGUGCCGAGGAGGUUGAGUUGGAGAACGCCUUGAUCAAGGAGUUGCAAGAAACUGAACAGCAAGACGGCGAGGACCAUGAAAUGGAGGGUGCUCCAACCACUGCUGCUGUGGUGGCGGACGAUGAUGAUGCUUCAGAUGCGGGCAGCGAGGAUCUCGAGGCCGAGAGCAGUGAGAGCGAAGAGGAAGAUUUGGAAGAAGAGGACGCUGGCGAAGGUGACGACGAUGUUGAAAUGGCUGAUGACGCCAAUCCCGGAUCUGCCCAGGCACCCCAGGCUCAACCUGAAGUAAUGGUCCACUAG